GGAGUCAGCAAUGCCUGGCCAGGCCGCCUCACAGUGUCGGCAUGCCGAAAUCAGCAAAUGUCUGAAGGACUUGGAAGAUGAUGACUUGAUAGCAAAGGAAUGUAUUAAAAAGAAGCUUGGUUCACUGCAAGAUUUCCUGGAAGGAGAUGUCCAAGACAGAUUGAGUGAUCUGGAGAACAAGCUGAGCAGAAAAGAGCUGUCUGAGGGUGGUUAUCUGAAAAAGGUUAAGGCCCUUCUUCACAAGGAACUUAACAUGGAAAAUGGAGAUGCACCUGCAAAUGGGGAGGCAAAUGGUUGUUCCCCGAAUGGUACAUGUGUUAGUGACGAAGAUGAUGUGGAGAUGGCAGAUUCUACAGCAGCGGACGGCAAAGGGCAAAAAUCUAGGAAAGGCAAAACAAAUGGAGAGUGCAAAAGUAAGUCCUUGGGCCGUUCACGCUCUUCUAGGAGUACUGGCAAACAACCCACCAUUCUUUCCAUGUUUGCUAAAGGACCAAGCAAGAGGAAAUCAGAUGAUGUUAAUGGUGAAGCAGAACCUGAACCUUCAGCUGACGAGGAGCAACCAGAAAUUGAAGAACAGGACGAGAAAAGGAUUAAAGUUGAAUCAAAUGAGAGUGACAGGGCUGCAGUUGUGGAAACGCCAAAAUCAAAACCAGUGCAACAGCCUAAGACUCCUCCACCAAAGUGCAUGGACUGCAGGCAGUACCUAGAUGAUCCAGAUCUCAAAUUCUUCCAAGGAGAUCCAGUUGAUGCUGUAGAUGAGCCUGAAAUGCUGACAGAUGAACGCUUAUCUCUCUUUGAUGCCAAUGAAGAUGGUUUUGAGAGUUAUGAUGACCUCCCACAGCACAGAGUCACACACUUUAGUAUUUAUGAUAAAAGGGGGCACUUGUGCCCUUUUGACUCUGGUCUUAUUGAGAAGAACAUUGAGCUGUAUUUUAGUGGUGUUGUAAAGCCAAUUUAUGAUGACAACCCUUCUCUGGAUGGUGGAGUACGGGCAAAGAAACUAGGUCCUAUUAAUGCUUGGUGGAUCACAGGCUUUGAUGGAGGUGAAAGGGCCUUGAUUGGAUUCACAACUGGUUUUGCAGACUACAUACUAAUGGAUCCAAGUGAGGAAUAUGAGACUAUAUUUGCUCUAAUGCAGGAGAAGAUCUACAUGAGCAAGAUAGUGGUGGAGUUCCUGCAGAAUAAUCCUGAUGUGACUUAUGAAGACUUGCUCAACAAAAUCGAAACAACUGUGCCACCUUCUGGGUUGAACUUUAACCGCUUUACAGAAGAUUCUCUGCUGAGACAUGCUCAAUUUGUGGUAGAUCAAGUGGAGAGCUAUGAUGAAGCUGGAGACAGUGAUGAGCAACCAGUUAUAGUAACACCUUGCAUGAGAGACUUAAUCAAGUUGGCUGGUGUCACCCUUGGGAAAAGGCGUGCUGCAAGAAGACAAACUAUUAGACAUCCCACAAAGAUUGCAAAAGACAAAGGCCCUACAAAAGCCACUACAACGAAGUUGGUGUAUCAGAUUUUUGACACUUUCUUCUCUGAACAAAUUGAAAAGGAUGAAGAUAAAGAAAACACAAAGCGUAGGCGUUGUGGUGUUUGUGAGGUAUGUCAGCAACCUGAAUGUGGAACAUGUAGAGCUUGUAAGGACAUGGUGAAGUUUGGUGGAAAUGGGCGUAGUAAGCAAGCCUGUCUACAAAGGAGGUGUCCAAAUCUUGCUGUGAAGGAAGCUGAUGAAGAUGAAGAGGUAGAUGACAAUAUUCCAGUAAUGCCAUCUCCUAAGAAAAUCCUCCAGGGUAAAAAAAAGAAGCAAGAGAAAAAAAACAGGAUAUCCUGGAUUGGUGACCCUGUCAAGGUUGAUGGAAAGAAAGAAUAUUACCAGAAAGUGUCAAUGGACUCUGAAGUUCUGGAAGUUGGUGAUUGUGUGUCUGUGAGCUCUGAUAAUCCGACAGAACCACUCUACUUGGCUAGGAUCACAUCCUUGUGGGAAGAUGCUGGAGGGCUCAUGUUUCACGCACAUUGGUUCUGUCUUGGAACAGACACCGCCCUUGGGGCAACAUCAGAUCCUUUAGAACUUUUCUUGGUUGAUGAGUGCGAGGACAUGCAGUUGUCCUACAUUCAUGGCAAAGUCAAUGUGAUCUACAAGGCACCAUCUGAUGAUUGGUUUAUGGAGGGAGGAGUGGAUACUGACAUAAAGGUAGUGGAUGAAGAUGGCAAAACAUAUUUUUACCAGCUGUGGUAUGACCCUGAAUAUGCUCGUUUUGAGACUCCACCAAAGAUACAGCCGACUGAAGACAAUAAAUAUAAGUUCUGUACCAGCUGUGCCAGACUGGAUGAAAUAAGGCAAAGGGAGAUACCACGUGUGUCUGAUCCUGUGGAAGACCUUCAGGAUAAAGUACUCUACAGCACGGCAUCAAAAAAUGGUGUUCAGUACAAAGUUGGGAAUGGUGUGUUACUGCUGCCUGAUGCCUUUUCUUUCAGUGUUAAGCUAGCUUCUCCUUUUAAGAGGCCUAAUAAAAAAGAGGAUGUGGAUGAAGAUCUCUACCCAGAAAACUAUCGCAAAUCCUCAGACUAUAUUAAGGGUAGCAAUCUUGAUGCCCCAGAGCCUUACAGAAUGGGCAGAAUCAAGGAGAUAUUCUGCCACAAGCGCAGCACUGGAAAACCCAAUGAAGCUGACAUAAAACUGAGGAUUUACAAGCUCUACAGGCCUGAGAAUACACAUAAGGCUUCCAAGGCUAGUUACCAUGCAGACAUUAACUUGGUCUACUGGAGUGAUGAGGAAACUGUAGUUUCCUUAAAGGAUGUUCAAGGGCGCUGUACUGUAGAAUAUGGUGAAGAUCUAACUGAGUCGAUCCAAGAAUAUUCAGCAGGAGGUGCAGACAGAUUCUACUUUCUGGAGGCCUAUAAUGCAAAGACUAAGAGUUUUGAGGAUCCUCCUAACCAUGCACGCAGUGCUGUAAACAAAGGGAAAGGAAAAGGCAAGGGGAAAGGCAAGGGGAAAGUGCAGUCUGUGAAGUCUGAAAGUGAACAGCAAGCUGCAGAAGACAAAAUGCCAAAAUUGCGUACACUGGAUGUGUUCUCUGGCUGUGGAGGUUUGUCUGAAGGCUUCCAUCAAGCAGGUGUGGCGGAGUCAAAGUGGGCCAUUGAAAUGUGGGACCCUGCGGCCCAGGCCUUUAGGCUAAACAAUCCGGGUGCCACAGUGUUUACAGAGGACUGUAAUGUCUUACUGAAGCUUGUCAUGGCUGGGGAGAAAACAAAUUCUUUAGGACAGCGGCUACCACAGAAAGGAGAUGUAGAAAUGUUAUGCGGUGGUCCACCAUGCCAAGGGUUUAGUGGAAUGAACAGAUUCAACUCCAGGACCUACUCUAAAUUCAAGAAUUCAUUGGUAGUCUCUUAUCUCAGCUAUUGUGACUACUACCGACCAAAAUUCUUCCUAUUGGAAAAUGUAAGAAAUUUUGUCUCCUUCAAAAGUUCCAUGGUUCUCAAGCUAACACUCCGCUGUCUUGUACGAAUGGGAUACCAAUGUACAUUUGGGGUACUUCAGGCUGGACAGUAUGGUGUGGCACAAACUCGUAGAAGAGCAAUUGUACUUGCUGCUGCACCAGGAGAGAAACUGCCAAUGUUCCCUGAACCUCUGCAUGUAUUUGCUCCACGUGCCUGCCAGCUAAGUGUUGUCAUUGAUGAAAAGAGAUAUGUCAGUAAUAUCACAAGAACAAACUCCAGCCUCUUCCGAACCAUUACAGUCCGGGAUGCCAUGUCAGACCUUCCAGAGAUCCGUAAUGGUGCAUCUGCCCUGGAAAUAUCCUACAAUGGGGAACCACAGUCUUGGUUUCAGCGGCAGAUUCGGGGCUCCCAGUACCAACCAAUUCUCAGAGAUCAUAUCUGCAAGGACAUGAGCGCCCUAGUUGCUGCUAGAAUGAGGCACGUCCCCCUUGCCCCUGGCUCAGACUGGAGAGAUCUUCCAAACAUAGAAGUACGCCUUACUGAUGGCACCACUACACGAAAACUGCGCUACCAUCACAAGGAUAAGAAUGGGCGCAGCAGUAGUGGGGCACUAAGGGGUGUUUGUUCCUGUGCUGAAGGUAAACCAUGUGACCCUGCUGAUCGACAGUUUAGCACACUCAUUCCUUGGUGUCUGCCACAUACUGGGAAUAGGCAUAACCACUGGGCUGGAUUAUAUGGCAGAUUGGAGUGGGAUGGCUUCUUUAGUACCACAGUCACAAAUCCUGAACCAAUGGGCAAACAGGGCCGUGUUCUUCACCCAGAGCAGCAUCGUGUGGUAAGCGUCAGGGAAUGUGCACGAUCUCAAGGUUUUCCUGACACUUACAGACUAUUUGGUAACAUCUUGGACAAACACAGGCAGGUUGGAAAUGCAGUGCCACCUCCUUUAGCAAAAGCAAUUGGCUUGGAGAUAAAAGCAUGCCUUACAACAAGACUGAAGGAAGAAGGAACAGACAUUGCGAAGCAUGAAAAGAUGGAAAUGAAUUAAUGCACUUGCCCAGGAGUACUACCUCCAAGAUCUUGCUCCAUCCGUAUAUGUAUUUUAUUUCAUUUUAACUACAAAUAUCAAAUCAUCAGCAUCUGAUUGAUUUGACAUUCCAGUUAUCAAUUUUACCUUCUGAAAAUACUUUGAACUGAAAACAUCACAUCUCUUUUAAAUGACUGAUUUUACUAUACAUUGUGCUGCAGUUUUCCCGAUUUGUACUUGUUGCAGUUACGUAGUUUUUAUAUGUUGUAAUAUUUCAAAUAAAUAGUACCUCUUA